AUGUAAUGAUAUUCCAGUUCUUGUCUAUGCCAUAAGAAAAGAUUCGAUUUCGCAUGAUUUUCCUCUUAUCUACACAGGGGUGCUACACUUUACUACGUACUCUGCUUGAAUGAUGUUUGUCACAGGCUAAUAAAAAAUAAUGUGAAAAUCACAUUUUAAUAUUGUGUUUCUUGGAGCCAAUCAUUGCUGACCAGGAUUAGACCAUCAGCUUGUUUUUCCUGAACACGGUUUAAUUAUAUGUGGCUGGCCAGAUUUGAACACGGGAUAUCAGUGGUAUUACCACGGGCACCUUGAAAGAGUCUUAGCCCCCUAAGCCACCUACACCACAAAGCAAACCUUGAAUCUCCUGUCAACCCAUAUAGCUCGAAUUUAUAAACAACAUUUGUGUAUAAUAUAGCUUGCAUAUAUCACAUCUCAUGCACUGGUCAGUCUGUACCUGUAUAUUGAACGUUGGUGUUGCAAGGAUUGUGAACCAGGUGCUGCGUGAUGAGUGCGGUAAGGAUGGUUGAUUGUAAUGUAACACCGCGUGGUAGGGAAUCGGUAUGUUUCUUUGUGGACUGGGCCACAGGACUCUAAAACCAAGGUGGUGAUAAGCACACGUAACAAAAAAACGAAUUGACUCUUGGCACUGAUGUACACAGAUGAACACAAAUACUCACCACCUUCAUUAUUAGUACUAGGUCGUGAUUUAAAAAAAUAUACAUUUGGCUUACAGUAUGAAGGCGGGACCUUUUUCUGAGCAGGCAACAACAUGAGGUUAUGAAGGGACAUUUUUGAAUUAUGCUAGGACUAUUAGACUGCAUUGGUUAUUUUCACACUAGUUUAAUCUUAAGAUUGUCUGGGUGUGGAGAGAGUGCAAAUGUAAUAAUGUUACAGAUCAUUCAUCUCGCCAUUUUGUCGACAUACCAUUGUCUGACCAAUUUAUAAAGAAAAAGUUACGGAUGCAGUUUACAGCCUAUUUACAAACUAUGCAUGACAUGGUAAACCACUAGUCUGUGCACCGGCAAUGGAGGAAUGGCAAAACUACUGUCCUGCAGCUCUAUUAUGGCUUGCAGACCUCAACAUUGGUAUUUUGCUACUGAACCGGCGUUUGCGCACGUGAGCACAAAGUGCCUCGACCGUCCGCGCACCAUGGAGCCACGGGGCUCUGUCCUGUACAUUGACGUUGCUGUGGCGUUUUGCAGCAUUGUGGAGUUCAAGGACGUCGACCACGUGAAGAAGGCUGUUGAGAUCAUGAACAAGCACCUGCUUGAUGGCCGCACGCUCAAUGUCAAAGAGGACCCCAACGGGGAGCUGGCUCGCAGGGCCUUUCAGAAGAUGGGUGGCGGCAUGGGCCCCGCCGGGAACAUGGGCCCCAGGCAUGACGACAUGAUGAUGAUGGGUCCACCCAUGGGCCGAGGCCUCGGCGGCAUGGGGGGAGGUCCCGGGGGCAUGGGAGGAGGCCCCGGGGGCAUGGGGGGAGGCCCCGGGGGCAUGGGGGGAGGCCCCGGGGGCAUGGGGGGAGGCCCCGGGGGCAUGGGGGGAGGCCCCGGGGGCAUGGGGGGAGGCCCCGGGGGCAUGGGAGGGAUCGGAGGCCCCGGAGGGAUGGGCGGGAUGGGCGGGAUGGGUGGAAUGAGUGGGAUGGGCGGACCUGGCAUCAUGGGAGGCCCCAUGCCCAUGUCGGGGCCCGGCGGUGGCAUGAGGGGCGGCAUGGAUGGCCCCGGCGGCAUGGGCGGCAUGGGCAGCAUCUCCGGCAUGGGCGGACCGCUGGGGGGCCAUUCCGGCAUGGGCGGCGGUGGGCCCGGCGCCGGGAUGGGUACGGAGCUGCCGUCCUCGGGCAGCGGGGGCCCCGUCAACAUCCCCAUAAGCAUGCGCAACAACCCCAACAUCCCGCCCGAGCUCCUCAACGCCUUGCAGUCGGGCCGCCUCGGCACCACGGUCUUCGUGACAAACUUGGACUACAAGGUGGGCUGGAAGAAGAUCAAGGAGGUGUUUGGCAUGGCGGGGGUGGUGAAGCGCGCCGAGAUCAAGGAGGACAAAGAAGGCCGCAGCCGCGGCAUGGGUGUCAUUAUCUACGAGCAGCCCGUGGAGGCGCUGCAGGCCAUCUCCAUGUUCAACGGUCAAUUGCUUUUUGAGCGGCAGAUGCACGUUAAGAUGGAUGACCGCUCGCUGCCCAAGGACGAUUUCCUCCCAGCUGACAAGCAAGCACAGCUUCCCCAUGGGCUUGGCGGAAUUGGCAUGGGCCUGGGUCCCGGAGGUCAACCGAUUGACGCGACUCGGAUUGGCUCCAUGGGAAGUGCUGGGCCUGCAGGCCUCGACUCUAGCCCCGGGUAUGGAGCCAUGGACAGGAUGGGCGGCCUUGGUGGGGGCUCUGGCUCUGGUGGAGGAGGCUAUGGCGGCGGCCUGGGUGGCAUGGGUAAUGCAGGCGGCUUGGGCCAGCUUGGGGGAAUGGGUGGCAUGGAUGGCUACCGGGGCGGCAUGGGCAGCAACAUGCCUAGCAGUCUGCCGACUGGCACGGGCCUCGGCAUGGGAGGCGGCGGGAUGGGCGCCGUGGGCAUGGGCGGUGCCGGCAUGGGAGUCGGGGCCAUGGGUUCGGGCUCCUCGGGGAUCGGUCACAUGGGAGGCAACAUGGUGCCAAUGGGAGCGGGGAUGGGUGGUCUAGGCAUGGGCGGCAUGGGCCUGGGCAGCAUCGGCAGCUCCAUGGAUCGCCUGGGUAGCAUGGGCAACGUUGGCGGUGGUGGCGGCGGCGGCCCCGGCAUGGGCCACCACGGCCACGGCUUGGGCGCGGUGCUGGACAUGGAUCGUGGUUCCGGGGCUGGCGGUGGUGCCGGGAUCUACGGCCUGCCCCGCGACAGGGACGGCUACGGAGGGGGUGUGGGCAACAUGGGCGCCAGCGGGCUUGGGGGCAUGCCGCUCGACCGCAUGGACCGCCGCGGGUGCCAGAUCUUCGUCAGGAAUCUGGCCUUUGACUUGAGUUGGCAAAAAUUGAAGGAGACCUUCAGCCAGUGUGGCCAGGUGAUGUUUGCGGACAUCAAGAAGGAGAACGGGCGGUCGAAGGGCUGCGGCACAGUGCGGUUCGAUUCGCCCGAGGUCGCUGAGAAGGCCUGCCACAUGUUGAACGGCAUUCGCAUCAACGGGCGUGAAAUCGACGUGCGCAUCGACAAAAACGUCUAAGUCUCCCCCUCCUCCCUUUCCUCCCUGUCGCCCCCUUCCCUGACACAUCACCAUCUCACCCAUCACCAUCUCACCCGUGCCUGCAACGUGACCGCCCUCCUCCCACCCCACAAAGACCUCGACGCAACCUCGUGUGUUUCCUUCAGCCAGCGGUGGUGACCUUGAAUCUCCCGUACACGGCCAACUUAGUCCUCGCAACUACUGUAGAUUUUGGCGGUUUUUCGCUGCGUUGCUUAACGAAGUGUUUUCGGAUCGUACCGCAUGUCGCUCUGCUCGGUGUCGUGACGUUUUGCAGUCCUGGAAGCGAGAGAAGGUCCCAGCACGUGAGGCGAAACUUUGGGCAUCGUGUGCCAACUGACCUCAAAACACCUCCGAGAAAUUGACGACGUAUUUGGACGAGAUUUUUCUGAGACGGAGAAAAUUCAUUUAAGACUUUAAUUUGCGUUUAACAGAGAUGUUAGUAAUAUGAUACAAUUGCUUAUUAACCUCGCCAACAAUCAGAAUAAUAAAAUGUAAUUUACAGUUUAUUGGUGAUGCAUUGGAAACACGAUUGUGUUUUUUGUUAAAAAUUUAUUUUUAAACCGUUAAUGUACAUUGGGGUUGUAGCUUCGAUAACGUAGAUUUUUUUUUUACUCUUGUCGUCGGAUAUAAGUAGGUGGGUGUGGUUUUUAAUUGUUAAUAAACAAUACAUUACUCGCCCAUGUAAGGACUAUUCAUAAUAAAUCCUGCAGAAGCUACGGAUUGCCGCUGAUGGUGAUGGGCUAUUCCACACAGCUUGUAUUUACAUCUCAUUGCACAACUGCAUUAUAAUUCAAGUGUGCAACAUGACAAUAUGCAAACUUAACACCUAACUGCUGUCCGCACCUUAGAUUCUUUUGGUUGGCUACGUACGGUGCAAAGGAGGUUCUACAUUCAUACGUAAUUUCAUACAUACUUAACAGUUAAUGCCGCAAAAUAUUAACAUUCCUUUCCACUGCAGUGACGUGCUGUGCAGUAUAUAUUAAAUAAUUUGCAUAAAUAACUUUUCACUGCUUGGGAAUUGCCAUCAAUUGUGUAGGGAGUAGACACCUUAAAAGACUGACGAUGAACACGAAAAAACCGGUGAAGUGACCCACCACUCCCAGCGUGUUUCCUUUCAAGCCGAGUUGACCCCAGCAGGGAUCCACAGAACUGUUUUGCGCGCAGCUGCAGCCAAGGUGGCGGCACUUUUCAAAUGAGUCGCUCGGGCGGAGGGGGGGUGGCGAGAAAACGGCCUCGUGUUUGCCGCACGUUGGUCUAUGUGGAAACUUAGGAUGACGUGGUAUUACAAAAAUAACCGUUCACCUCCUACUUUGCCCCAUUGUGCUCGUUACAGCCCUUUGUCAAUUCACUGCUGGCUAAAGGCCUUGCCCACACCAUGUGUGUCGCGGGGGAGAUUUUUGACCGUACUUCAAAUGUAGAUGUCCUGUUUGCUGCAACCCGAAUGUUACGCAUGCGGUGGAAGAUAUUCCCUCGUGAGCUUUGGUUUUAAAAUCACAGCCAAUGGCCCCUUUCCUCCCCAUUGUUAAAUGACCGAUCCCUCGUUUGAUCUAAGUUAUUUUGAUGGUAAGUCUGAUUUGUACUGCAGGAGCUGAUUUGGAAAGGAUGUGGAAUGUUCUGAAAAAGUUAUUUUAAGUUCCCAGAGUCCAGUUUGCAAUGAUGUGUGAAAUGUCAGUUUUAGUAAUAAAACAUUUUUUAAUUUC